AUGCUUCAGAAGCUCACCCUAACCGAGAAUUCUGCUCAAUUGUCAGAAAUAUCCAGCAAACUGCGACGUUCCAAGAAAAUAAUAAUAGUAACGGGUGCAGGAAUAAGUACAAGUGCUGGCAUACCGGAUUUUCGGUCGAAAGACGGCCUGUACGACCUCAUUAAGCAGAAAUAUCCUCAAUUAAAACUAAAAGGGCAUGAACUUUUCGACAGACUCGCCGUAAACCAAAGCCCUUUACACACAGAAGCGUUCUGCACGUUUAUGGGUGAGCUAAAGAAGACCGUCUCGAAAGCACGUCCGACCCGAACACAUAAAUUUUUUCGAAAAUUAGCAGACAAGAAGCAACUAAUCCGCUGCUACACACAGAACGUCGAUGGUCUAGAGAAUGCAGCAGGAUUGGAAGUCAUCAAAGUGCAUGGUGAUAUGAACCAGCUGAUUUGUCAAUUUUGUAAAGGAAUUGUAUUGUUUGAUAAAAAAUAUAUUCGAACUUUCGAAAAUGGGCAAAUGCCCGAAUGUCCUUCAUGUAGCCGCGAAGAGAACGAACGGCGUGAACAGGGUAAACGCCCACACAAAAUCGGCAGACUUCAUCCAAACAUUACACUCUACAACGAUUUUGACGAUUCUCGUGGUUUGCAGAUUCAAAAGUACCUUUGCGCUGACGCUCGACGCAAACCAAAUUUUCUUCUAGUAAUGGGUACCAGCCUCAAGGUCCACGGAUGUCGACAACUAGUCAAAGAUAUAGCAUCAUGGGUUCAUGCUAACGAGGGUAUUGUCGUCUUUGUUAAUCGAACAGAAAUGACAAAAGAGUGGAAUUUUGUUUUUGAUUAUCAGGUGAUGGCAGACAUUGAUUCUUGGGUAGAGCUGGUCGAGAAGGAGGCUGGGUACGAUAAAAUUCAGGCCCUUAUUGAUUUUCCAGCGACAAAGGCUGGCAAGAAUGGAAGAGUUCGAAAGAAAAGGAAAACUAAAGAGAUUGACGCAGGUAUUGUUAUUCGAUUCAUAAGAAAGGAGAAUGGGGGAGGAAGAGGGUGA